AUGGAAGAGAGCUCGGUGAGCCGUCAGCUGUCGCAGUGCAACGAAGACGCGUGGAUGACGCUGGCCCGCAUCGCCGAGAUGAUGGGGGACGACGACAACAUGCUCGUCUCGUACGAGAAGGCGCUGUCGCACAAUCGCCUCAACACGGGUGCACUCUACAGCAUCGGCUGCUGCUACGAGAAGUCCGAGAACUUCAGCAAGGCCGCCGACUGCUUCCGAAGCCUCGUCUCGCUCAACGAGCACAACAACAACACGGACGCGUGGGGCCACUUGGGCUACUGCUACAUGAUGCUCAACGAUCUCGCCAACGCCCAUACCGCGUACCAGUACGCCAUGUACAACAACCCGGCGUCGCAGCGCGACCCGACCCUCUGGUUUGGCAUUGGUCAGCUCUACGAGCGCUCGGGCGCGCUCGACCACGCCGAAGACGUCGUUUGA